GUAUAAGUAUAUAGCCUAUAAUCUAACUAAAUGAACCUUCACCUUCUCAUACAGGAGCGAAUCAUUGGCGUUCGUAUAGCUCUCAUUCAUUGUAACUUCGUAGACGCUACUUUUAGGAUAUUUAGCUUAAAUAAGUGCCUAGGCCAGAAUGUCAUCGGACCAAGUAUUUCACGCGCGAUCGGAAGGUAUACCCUCAGAGGGAGUCAAGGAUCAAUACGCAGAUGGAAAGGCCGCUAGGAUAUGGAAGAAAUUCAUUGGAGACAUCAAUCAGAGAACACAAAACUAUAAGGACUUUUUAAUUGGCUUGCUCAAGACACAUGGUUGCGAGAGGGUAUUGGAUGCUGCUUGUGGCACUGGAAUAGACUCAAUGAUGCUCGUGGACGAAGGCUUCAAAGUGGUGUCAGUGGACGCUUCGGAUAAGAUGUUGAAGUAUGCGCUUAAGGCGCGAUGGGAGAACAGAAAGAAUCCCAACUACGAUCAGUGGAUAAUCGAAGAAGCAAACUGGGAGACGUUACCACAAGACGUACAUAGAUUCCUGCCCGGCGUUUUGUUCGACGCAGUUAUCUGCCUUGGAAAUUCAUUCCCUCAUCUCCUGGACGAAUAUGGUGACCAGCGUAUGCAGAAAAUGUGCCUGGAAAACUUCGCCAAAUGCUUAAAACCUGGAGGUCUAUUGAUCAUUGAUCAUAGAAAUUAUGACGCGAUGUUGAACAGCGGUGCCACGCCCGGUCAUUCCAUAUACUACAAUGCUAAUACUAUGUAUCCGGUGGAUAUAAAGACGUCGGUGCUAGUGGUGGCAGGCAAACCCCAGCUGAUCGCCCUCGACUACUGCAUUGACGCCACUGCCGACGCCGAAUUCAACGAAAAAUCUGAGUUCCGCCUCUGCUACUAUCCGCAUACAUUAGACAAGUUCACCGAGAUGCUGGACGAGGCCUUCGGAGGACAUGUGGAGCACAAAAUCUACGGCGAUUUCAAGCCUCUCGAGUUGCAUCCUGAUCCAGGAUUCUAUAUUCAUGUACUACAGAAACCUAAGCAAUAAAAUAGUUUAAUAUUGAA